AUGGAAGAUUAUGAAGUCAACCGAGUCCUAGAAGUAUCAGGUUUCUCAAGGCAAAGCACUCCAUUAAGGUACCUUGGUGUCCCCAUAUGUGCUAAAAAAAUUUCAAAGCAAGAAUGUGUAGUUCUAAUUGAAAAAAUGACAGCUAGAAUCCAAAGUUGGAGCACUAGAAACUUGUCUUUUGCUGGUAGAAUUGUGCUCAUUAAUUCUGUACUGUCAGCUAUAUAUGCCUAUUGGUGUCAAAUAUUCAAACUACCCAAACAGGUGAUACAUGAAGUAGAAUCCAUAUGUAGGGCUUUCCUUUGGAAAGGCCAACACAUGAUGCAAGGUGGUGGCUCUGUAGCAUGGGAUAGAAUCUGUCAAGCCAAAUCAGAAGGAGGAUCGGGUUUGAGGAAAAUAGAGGAAUGGAAUAUAACAGCCCUGUUUAAGUAUGUGUGGGCUUUGGCAAAUAAAGAAGAUAAUCUUUGGGUAAAAUGGAUACAUAGUGUGUAUCUCAAAGAUGGAGAUUGGUGGGGAUACCAAGCUCCAAGCCAUGGGAGCUGGUAUUGGAAACAGGUAGUGGCAGCCAAGGACAAGCUCAAGCAAUUCACUGCAGUGCAGCAGUUCACACAGAGUAAGUUCCAAAUCUCAGCAGGGUAUAGCUUGCUAUGUCCAAUUCAAAGCAAGGUACAUUGGUGUGAUGAAGUAUGGGGAAGGUUCAACAUCCCCAAGCAUAGCUUUAUCUUAUGGCUAGCUGUGCAGAAAAGGCUCAAAACAAGGGAUUGGCUCACAAAAUUUCAGAACAUAGUUGAUACAAAAUGUCCGAUCUGUAUGCAGCAGGAAGAAACAUCUGAACAUUUAUUUUUCAGGUGCCCAUUAGCCCAAUAUUGUGUGGAGAAAAUCAAGGAUUGGCUGUCUUGGAGAACACAAGCAAAUGACCUCCACAAGCUUCUCAAAUGGAUACACAAAAGCAAAAUCAGCAAGAUAGAAAAAAGAGUUUUGGCAGCAGCUAUUGCACAUUUAGUCUACUCCAUUUGGUUUGUAAGAAAUGACAUUGUGUGGAACAACAACAUAGAAAACAAAGAUAUCAUUGUACAAAGAAUUAAGAAUAGUAUUAAGCAUAGAGUGGAGCUAGUUUGGCCUAAAAAGAGUGGUCAAAAAGAUAGAGAAUGGUUUUACAAGUUGUAA